GAUGGCGAAGGAGGGGUGGACAGAGACAGAGAGGCAGAAUCACUGAAAUAGCACAAGCGAGAUUGUGACAAACGCAGAGAGCCGGAGCUUGCGUCAAGGCGGCACCUGUGAGGCGUCAUUAGCGCUGAGGAGAAACGGGACAAUCAGCUGUUUGCAUGUGAAGGAGCAACAGAGGAAGAUGAUGGGAGGAUGCGGCACUCGGCUACCACCUGACUCAUCCUGGGAGUCGACACCUGCUGCAGCUGUUUGAGAAAAUUGCCAUGAUGCGCGGGGCAGCCGGCUCCUGUGGAUUCCUUAUGAAACGCCGCCGCUUGUCGGAGCUGCGGCAAAAGCCCAUUGACAUCUGCGUUCAAAGGGAGCGGCUGUCCAUGUAGCGCCGGCAUUCUUUCUACCUGUAGCAGCGGAGGUGUAAAGUUGACCGCAGCGGUGCGGGUCAAGUGUCGCGGUAGUGGCUGGAGAUACUGAAUGAGCGGCGUGGCUGAUGAAGGCCACCUGGAUCCGCCUGCUGAAAAGAGCCAAGGGAGGUCGCGUCAAGAGCUCAGAUGCCUACGGUUCGGCCGAUUCCUACACCAGCCGUCCAUCAGACUCUGAUGUGUCUCUGGAGGAGGACAAAGAGGCAGUUCGCAGAGAGGCAGAGAGGCAGGCUCAGGCACAACUUGACAAGGCAAAGACGAAACCCGUUGCGUUCGCCGUCCGCACAAACGUCAACUACAGCCCCAGUCACGACGACGAUGUCCCAGUACCCGGCAUGGCGCUCUCCUUCGAGGCUAAAGACUUUCUUCACGUCAAAGAGAAAUUUAACAACGACUGGUGGAUAGGGCGUCUAGUCAAGGAAGGUUGCGAUAUCGGUUUCAUUCCUAGUCCGGUGAAGCUGGAAAAUACUCGAGUUCUACAAGAGCAGAGGGUCAAACAGGGAAAGUUUCAUUCCAGCAAACUGGGCGCAAACUCCUCCUCUAGUUUAGCCAUUGACUUAGACACCACAGGCUUAGACACAGACGACAAUGAGCCACCCGUCAUCCUGCGCUCCCCUCGCUGCGGCGCAAACAAUGUCACGUCCCCUUUAGCAAAAGAGAAACGAAUGCCCUUUUUUAAGAAGACGGAACACAUUCCUCCAUAUGAUGUUGUGCCUUCCAUGCGGCCCGUGGUUCUGGUUGGACCGUCACUCAAGGGCUACGAGGUGACUGACAUGAUGCAAAAAGCACUGUUUGACUUUUUGAAGCACCGAUUUGAAGGACGAAUAUCCAUCACUCGGGUGACGGCGGACAUUUCACUCGCUAAGCGCUCCGUUUUGAACCAUCCUAGCAAGCACGCUAUCAUAGAGCGCUCUAAUACGCGCUCCAACUUGGCUGAAGUCCAGAGAGAAAGGGAGCGCAUAUUUGAGCUGGCGCGGACGCUGCAGCUGGUCAUCCUGGACGCCGACACCAUCAACCAUCCGUCGCAGCUGGGCAAGACGUCGCUAGCCCCCAUUAUUGUCUACGUCAAAAUCACCUCUGCCAAGGUCCUGCAGAGACUCAUCAAGUCGAGAGGCAAAUCUCAAGCCAAACACCUCAACGUCCAAAUGGUGGCAGCUGACAAGCUAGCGCAGUGCCCGCCUGAGAUGUUUGACAUCAUCCUGGAUGAGAACCAGCUGGAGGACGCGUGCGAACACAUGGCCGACUACCUGGAGGCCUAUUGGAAGAGCACUCAUCCCAACAGCUGCGACGCCCCAGACCCGCUGGCGACCAAGAUGCCUGCCGCCGCCCUGCCCUCAUCCUCCGGCGUGCAGAGUGGCGGUUCAGAGCAUCGAACAGACAAAGCUUUAGUGGAAAGGAAGAGCUCCAGAGAGGAGCACCACCACCAUCAUCAAAACCAGGACGGCGCCGACCCUGAGGAACCCGACGCCGAGGAGCGCCCCGCCAGGACCGAGUCCUCCCGUCGAGGACAGCCUCCCUCCCAGCACCGUUCUUCCUCUACCCGGACCGAACACCACAACCACCACCACCACAGACACCACCACCAUCACCACCACCACCACCACCGGACCAGAGGCCUCCCCCGACAGGAGACGUUGGACUCUGAGAGCCCCGAGGGCAAGGAUGUAGAGCCUCACACUCAGCUCCUCCACCAGCGGCAGCAAGCCGAGGAGGAGGAGAGGCAAGACUUAGCCGAACCUCAGCCCCACCGGGAUCACAACCACCACCAUCACCACCACCACCACCGCUCCAAAGAACGCGAGCAGGACCACAAUGAACGCAACAAGCAGCGCUCUCACCACCAUCAACAACAAAGGCCGACACGGGACCACCACCAAUAUGACAGAGAGCCCAACAAAAGGAGCGACGCGGGGGAAUGGGCCCGAGACUCGUACAUCCCCCAAUAGACUUGAUUUUUAGCCGUGCUGCUACACCUCCAAACCACAGCAUCCUAUUUAUGACCACUUCCUUCCAAUUUUUCAUAGCAGCGUUUCUAUGAUGUAGAUACAAGCAGACGCUGGAUAAAAAGAAAAAGUCUACAAAAAAAUUGGGGAGCUCGGAUCGGAUACCUCUUAGAUAGCUCCACCUCAUAACUUGUUGGUUGCCAAUGACGGCGAUGGACGUUAAUGGCGGCCAAUGAGUUAUAUAACAGAUUUAUAUCUCAACAAGGGUGUGUAGACUUUUGAUAUCCACGCUAUGUACAUGUGUGUAUCUAUGCAUAGAUCCUUAUGGAUAUGCAUGAAUGUUCACAAAUAUGCAUAUUUGAUAAAAAGAAAGAAAAGCAUGAUUGUUUUGUUCAUGGAAUCAGUUGAAUGACGUUUUUUUUUUCCUUUCAGAUGUUCGAGCAGUGAGUCGCCAUGUUUGUGUUUUGAGAAAGUUCUUUGCUGGUGUUUUCAUAGCUUUGGGAAAUGCAGUAAGUCGGUCAAGGAGGUAUGUCAGGGGUGGGCAAAAAUUUCUGCUUAAUUUUUAAAAUGGGACAGGAAGCAAAGGCUAUGUCAGAAAUGGAACAAGGAUUAUUUUAUGAAUCAAUUUGUGGUCAUUUUUUAAAUUUAUUUAUAAUAAAAUAACAUUAUAUUAGCUGAUUAUUUCAAACAAAACGACUAUUAAUGAUUUUAUUCAGCUUCAUAAAAUAAUAAAUUACUGCAUAUAUACCGGUACGAAUAAAUUUAAAGUUUGAAGCUUUUGAUUGAUGUAAUGUUUAAAAUUAAAUAAAUUGUUUACUUUUAAUCAAAUUUAAUCAUCUGAUUUUAUUAGUAUAUUUGAAUAUUUAAAAUAAUAUUGAAUGUAAUUAUGAUCAACCAUUUCCUGUAUCCAUUUGUAGACAAUGUAAUUAGGGCUGCAGAUAUCGAUUAUUUUAGUAGUCGAUUAAUCGAUGAACUAAUUAGUUCGAAUAAUCGAGGAAUUGAAUAAGGGACAUAAAAAUGUAAAAUAGCUGAGCCUCAAACGGUAUUAAAAAAAAAAAAAAAGGCUCAAAGUACAACAGAAGAACAACUGGCUAACUUGCAUAGCAAAAGUCCGCUAGCUUAAAUGCAAUAAAAUGCUAAUGCUAAAAAAAGUUUAAAAAAAAAAAAAAUGCUCUUAACAAAUGAUUCAAACACAUAUUCCCUCAUAAACAACAAAAUACACUUAUAAACUAAAUUACAAGUGCAUUAAAAAAAAACGUUCAAACAAAAACUUAGCUUAUGUUGUUCUUAACAGGUAGCAGCUGGAUUCAGCCAUGUGAAAUAAGUUAUGUCAUACUGUUGCCACUAGAGGGUAAUGUAUCCACCCAAAUCAAUAAAAGUACAUGCGAACACUUUCAAAACAAACCAUAACCACGCCACUUUAUUUAAACGAAUACCCGAAGCAGCAAAACUUAAUUUGAAUCUUUUUUCUAAUCGAAUUACUCGAUUUACUCGAUUAAUCGUUGCGGCACUAAAUGUAAUGCUUUAAAUAGAUUUUUUUUUUUUAAAUAGAUUAUUCAUUUAGUGAAAGUGAUUUUGAAUGUCCGAAUUUAUGUAUAUAAAAAAAAUAGUACUAAAUUUAAUUAUAAUUAAUCAACCAAUGACUUAUUUCCUAAAAAAAAUAUAGUCCUUCAUUUUACCAAUAUUUGUUUGCUUUUGUUUGGAAUAAAUUACGGAAUCACUUGAGAAUUCAUAGUAAAGAAAGAAUAUUAAAAAAAUUUGACAAAAAAAAAAAAAUUACAAUACUCUUAUUCAUGUAAAUGAUGUGCUACCAUGCCAUACUUUGCCCACCCUUGUGAUAAAUGAAAAUAAUACACCAAAUUCACGAGUAAUGCAGAUUUUGAUUGUUUAUUCAACAGUGGUGACUGUUAAAAUAGUUGCAUUGCAUUUUGAAAACACCCAGGCUACCACAUCUAUAAAUAGUGUCUUCUUCUUCCCCCUCGCUCUUAAAACGCUCCUGAAAAAUUGAGGUAGACUCACGGGGCCGUCGUCAAGGCAACGUCACCUCCAAAGUUGAAAAUAGGCUGGCUGCCGAGCGCGCCGGUGUUUUCCUGGGAAUCCGGCCAGCUGCACAAACAGCCGUAAAUUCUCCCGGAGACGCAAUACCUCCAUUUAAAGAAUGUUCUUGUCUCGGUGCCAUUGACGGCGAUAGACGUUUCAUCCAUUUCGACUGGGAGGGGCUGGCAGUCAAAAUGGUUUGGACGUCUAUAGCCGUCAAUGGUAAUGAAUGUUCAAGUUUGGCGACUGUACUGUCAAUCACAUGCUGACAUCUCCCUCUACUGGCGUAACAUGUGCAUUACACCAUGUCCAGUCAGUUUUUCUGGAACUUGGCGAUAAAAAAUCCGAUGGUGUCGCCGUCGGCCCUAUAGGGGAGCGGUAUGUCGGCGGCGACCUCCCAGCUCAACUCAGGUCGGAACCUCUGAAGCAGGCGGAGCUGCUCCGGGGACAGCCCCGCGCCAGGCAUGCCUUCGCCACCCACGCGGGGUUCCUAAAGAGGCAUAAGAAUCAAUAGAUGAUGCAUGCGAGAAAACUAAAAUGGUCCUAAUUUUCUUUUUCUUCUUACCUGAGGUAGCAGUGUGAGCUCAGGGAAGGUGCGUAAAGCCCAGGCAACCUGCUCCUCGUUCUCUGCGAGCGUCACCGUGCAUGUGCUGUACACCAAAACGCCGCCGCGCUUCAAUGCACGCACCGCCUACAUGUAGAAAUCAGCGGGGGAAAACAAUUAUUCAAAUGUUGUCAGUGUUUCAUAUGUGUCUGAUCAAUGGCCUCAUUGACAACUAAUUGAUUCUAAUCAAAAAAAUAAUUUUUCCCAGCCUUGGACUGUACUGCUAUCUAGUGUUGAAAAGUGGGGUAGCAACUACAUACAGCGUGGAAGAGGCUUCUUUGCAGUGGAGGGUAAGAGCAAACUUCCUUAAGAGUCCAAGUACUCGCCAUGUUGGGUCUCUGACCGAGGCCGCUGCAGGGUGCGUCCAGCAGCACGCGGUCGAAGCUCUCAGGAGGAUAGGGCGGCCCUGGAGAACAAAAAGCAAGUUGGUGAGUAAGGGUGUGACAACAUAUCGAAAUGAUGAUAUAUCGUGAUACUUUGUAUCCCAAAAGGUUAUCGAUAUGCUCCUGUCAAGAAUCGAGAUAUCGUUUUAAAUAGGUGUCAAUAUUAAAAAAAAAAAAAAAAAAAAAAAAAGAACCAUCAAGUUGCCACCAAAAUCUUCCACCAUAUUAGUUUCUCAAUUAACUCUAAGGCUGCCAUUGACGGUGCUCGACGCCCAAUCCAUUUAGACUGGGAACGGUCGUUCAUUCAAAACCAGAGCAUUCAGAGUCAUUCGGUCUGAUUUUCGGGGCAUUUACAGGUCUUUUGCUGUUCUUUUUAGGGCAUUUACAGGUCAUUUCCUUUUGAGUCACUACCUAUUCAUUUGGGUGAUUCCCAGGUCACUUGCUGUUCUGUAACUCAAAAUGAACAGGAAGUGACCCAUAAAAUACCCCAAAAUCAACAGUAAGUGACUGAAAAUGCACAGGUAAGUGACCUUGAAUGGCCCAAAAUUACCGCAUUGGCUGCCACUGACG